GGACCCCAACAUUCUGGUCUGUGUCUGGGCCAUGUUACAUCAGAGCGCAGGAGCUGCAGCAUGAGUGUCACUUCCUCCUCCGCCCUGGACAGCCAGCUGGCCACAGUCUGGAGCCCCACUAACUCGUACCCUGAUGGUCCGUUGGUCAUGUCUGGUUAUCCGAGUCGCAUAUGGCAACACGAGUCCCAGCCACAGUUCUGGAGCAAGUUCCAGGUGUGGGAGUGGUUGCAACAGGUCAUGGACAUACACCAGAUCGACGCCUCCAGCAUCCCCUUGCAGAACUUUGAUAUGGAUGGCCAUCAGCUCUGCAGCCUGAGCUACCAGGACUUCAUGCGUGCGGCGGGCAGCGUGGGACCCAUUCUCUUCCACAGCAUCACCGAGCUCAAGUGGAGCGGCCAGUGUCAUGUGGAUAUUGGGCAGCUAGAACUCAAAACAGAAGCAGACUUUUCUCCAUUUCCUGAUGUCAGCUAUCCUGCUGGAGAGAUCUUUGAACCCUCUGUUAACACACUUGCGUCCGAUGCCACUCCCAUCUCUUCUAGUCCUGACAUCAAACGGUCUUUCAGUAGAGGUCAUCAGGUCAAAAAACACAAUCCAAGAGGAACCCACUUAUGGGAGUUCAUCAGGGACAUUCUGCUGAAUCCAGAGCGAAACCCCGGCCUGAUUAAGUGGGAGGAUCGGACAGAGGGGGUCUUCCGCUUCCUCAAGUCUGAAGCGGUGGCGCAGCUGUGGGGGAAAAAGAAGAAUAACAGCAGCAUGACCUACGAGAAACUCAGUCGUGCUAUGAGAUACUAUUACAAAAGAGAAAUCCUAGAACGAGUAGAUGGACGCAGGCUGGUUUACAAGUUUGGAAGAAAUGCCCGAGGAUGGAGGGAGACGGAGAAGUGACAAUUUCAUUAAUUUAUAUAUUUCUAUGCUAACAUGCAUAAACAGGAUAUUUUAUUGUUAUUCAGCAUGUUUUUUUAUAUAUCUAGAUGUGUUCCAACUGUUUACAAAAGUUUUCUUUGCUUUGCUUUUUCUGUUCCCACCUUGUGUUGACUCUGCACUGACAUCUUUUAUUUGUCGUCUUAUUACCAGUUUAAAUAUGAGUUGCCUGUUUACAUACUAUAUACCUGAAGAAAAAGGAUGGCAAAUCUGCCUGACUGUUUUAUGAAAGAAGCAGACACUCUUCCAGGUCCCAAAGGAGUACAUGUUGAAGUCAAAACACAUGUGUGUUUUUGACGCUGAUACUGUGAAGUGUCUUUUUGGGAUGGAUGUGGAUCACAAAUACUUUUUUGUUUUGUAGGAAAAAAGAGGGAACAUGAUUUAUAUUUUAGGCUAAACUAAAAUUUGUUGUUUUUCUGAUUUCAGACUUUGCAUUUUAAGCUGUAAAAAAAAGAAGUUUGUAUAUGUUUUUUUUAAUUUGUAUCAAAUAAAGCUUGUGAUUGUUUUUAUUACAUGAAGCUUAUUUUUAACAGAAUGUGAAAUAGGCUGAAUCUGAAUUGCUCUGCUACCCUUAAAGCUUCUCUUUAUUGCUACAUUUAUCCCUCCAAUCAGAGAUAUGGAAAAAAUAGUGGCUAUGUCUGAAUUCCUUCAUUACUCGAUAUAAAGUGCAUUUGACAUUUUGUAGUGCGAUCCAAAUCUACAAUUUCAAAAUUUCCCAGAAUUCUUUGCAAAAAACCAGUGUGGGUCGAUGCUUACCAGAAAGGGAAAUAUAGACCACAAUGCAUUGCGUUUGAACAAUUAAAAAAAAAAAAUCUAUUUUUUUGAUAAAUUAUCAACGUUUUCAUCAUUGGAAUACAGGUUUCAUAACUAGCCUUUGUAAAACGCUCAUAUUAAUUACCUUUUCACUUUAUGAAAUCAGUGUCGUCUGCAUUUUUUUUUUUGAGCAUGGUGUCUAAAUUGUUUUUUUAAAUCCAGGACACUUGAUAGUGUCACACUAUUGCUAUUGUUGGUAGUUAAAGGGUAACCAAACAGGGAAGAUGGAGGUUGACUCCACCCACAGCCGAAAUUUGAAAAUCCAGUCAGAGUCAGAGGGGCGGGGCUUGGCGGCAGGACUGUUAUCAUUAUUGGAGCUACACACGUGAGACUUCUGAAUCUUACGUGGUUUAACCAAUCACAAAAUUCAACUGUAAUACUUCAAUUCAACCUGUAGGGGGCAGCACACAGACGGUUUUUGAUUAUAUUUUCAAGAAUUAAGCAAUUUUAUUUUAAUUUAGCAAAAAAUUGGCUAUGACCAGCAGACAGCAUUUUUACAUCCCCAUUUAUUGUGAUCAAAACCCCAAAAAAGUUGAUUUAGGGUUUUGUUAUCCUAUAGGGCAAAAAUUCAGAAAUAGCCAGUGUCUUCAAAUUCAGACAUUAUGACUGCCUGAUGACAUCAUCAAUACUCGUCAGUUAUCUAUGUUAGUGCGUAGCUUCCAGCGCUUGUAAAAUAUAGCAACAUCAAUAUAAAAUAAUUACAUUUGAGCCUCGUUUCCACUGAGCAUGCGUGGUGUAGACCGCUAGCGUGUCACUGCGUCAACUAAAAAAGCAACAACAAUGGAGGUCAUCCAGCAGCUCGUCUUUUUCUUGCUUUACCUUUUGUACAUCGUGUAUAACAGAAAUUUAAGGUUUUUUUAAAAGAAGAUUGCGGGCAGCUAAGAAGAAUCCCGCCAUAAAGAGUCAAACUGAAUAGCUAGCUUAACGCUAUAUUGGAGCCUUCUAAUGUCAUCAUCCCUUUCUGCCAAUCGAGUGGCUACAACCGUCCCGUUCUAUUUUCCAUGGACCUACAACAAGUGGGGCCCCACAAGAGGUACAGGUCGGACCUGUUUAUUGGGUCCAUUUAACAAUGGAAACGCUCAAAAUACUGGAUCGUACGUGCUGUACUGCUCAGUAAAAAUUAGACUAAAUGUAAACUGUACUUCGGGGGCAGACCAACGUAACGAAAUGCGUUUCUCCAUCACCCUAUUGGUGACUACGACUGAUCCUUAAAAAAACAAGCUUUCGGACACGCUGCAGCUUCAUUUCCCUACAAUCCGAGCAAUCGGGAGGAGUCGGAAGAGUAGGGAAGCAAUUCGGAUUCAGCCAUAGAUUUCUGUGGUAGUAAACUUCAGUUGUGUUUUCAGAAUGUCAUGCAAGUUGCAGUAAUUGCUUUUAACUUGAACAACGCCGACCAUCAGUGAGUUGUAGCUUCAAACGUUUAAAUGUCGUUUGUACCAAAAGCUGUUCUGAGUUUGACUUUGAAAAGCCGUGUGCUUUCAGAUAGGGCAGGUUGCUUCUGUUUUAUCCUGACGGUGUGAAAUGCCAUGCAGUUAAUUGCUUGUGGAUGUGUGCCUUCGCAGCAGAGCUGGUUCCUGUGGGCAGCAGACGAAAUGACUGGGCCACGAUGGCCAACCAGAUAAAAACUGUGUUGAUAAAAGCCUCCUUUCU